GCCAAAAUGAAGAGUGUGUUGCCUCUGCAUGCCCUCGUCUUCAGCCUCUUUCUCUUGGCCUUGCCCACAAGCAAUCUUGCCAGAGAUCAAUUGCUUGACGCUGAUGGCGAAAUGUUAAGAAAUGGAGGCUCAUACUAUCUACUUCCAGCAUACAGUGGAAAUGGUGGUGGCCUUGAACUCGCCAAAACCGUAGACGAAACCUGCCCUCUCACCGUCGUCCAAGCUCGCUCUGAGACCUCGAGAGGCCUGCCGGCGACGAUCUGGACCCCACCACGAAUUGCUUUUCUCUCACCACGAUUUCCCCUCAACAUUGAAUUUGAACCAAGAUAUCUACCCCCUUGCUACCAACAAUCAAGGUUACGAUGGAAGGUCGAGAGAAAAUCACAAGUGGUGAAGAUUGCAUCAGACAAAGAGCAGAGACUAGUUGGGCAGUUUAAAAUCCAACCUUACAAAGAUGACUACAAGCUUGUUUACUGUGAUGAUGAUGAUUUGGAAGGUAACAGUGAUGAUUGUAAAGAUCUGGGGAUUUCCAUUGACGACCAGAACAACAGGCGUUUGGCUGUGAAGCACGGAGACCCACUCGCUGUUCGAUUCGUGAAGGCUAAUCAAAGAGGCGACUAUGCUCGAAUGAGCAUUGUUUGAUGUUCAUCACUUGUGCUUUUUGUGUUUUUCGUAAAAGUUUAUGCAGUCAUGUUGUUGUGAGACGAGCUUCGUACGUAGCUACGUAUAAUAAAACAGCACUCUAGUACUUGUUAUAACUACAAGUAAUCUGAAUCGAAAAUGAACUCAUUUUAGAUCUUCAUUAUUACAAAAAGAGAAUAUCAUGUCAUCCCUGGUAAAACCUAUAUUAUUC